UAUGAAAAUACGGGGACACAAACAUCAAAGGUUCCGACAAGAGUUUCGCCUCUGUAAAACUACUCUGUGAUAUCAUUAAGAAAAACAAUAAUGGAGGCGUGUAAUGCGGUUGAACGUGAAGUUGACAAAGUUUUAUUGAAAUUUGGUGCGAUAAACGAGCAUGCAGAGACAGUACUGUGCGAUUUGAUAAAUCACAUUGAAUCUCUAAAAAAGGAAUUCGAACGAGGUAUUUCAAAAUUAAUUAAAAAGCAGAUUAGAAAUAUCCUUAGAAUUAUCGUACGUCAGUAUGAUAUUGUUAGGAUUUUCUUUUCAUUAGCACCAACCGAUCAUGAGUUAACACCAUGCCUAGCACAAGUGUUGAAAGACACAAUGACAAAAGUCCGUGAAACUGCACAACGUUUAGCCACCGAUCAUCGGGAAUUACAUAGUACAGUGUCCAAGGUGGGAAAAGCGAUAGACAGAAAUUUUACUGCCGACUUUGCAAGUACCAGCAGAGAAGAUGUUUUCUCUGGUCCAGAAAAAUCACAUUUGUUAAACCAAGUCAUUUGCCAACAUUUCUAUCGUCAUGGUAUGCUAGACAUUGCAGCUGAAUUAGCAGCAGAAGCUGGAAUUAAGACAGAUGAAGAAACAAAAGAACCAUUCACAGAACUAAAUUAUAUUCUUGAUUGCUUGAAGCAGAGAGAUCUAGAACCCGCUUUGGAUUGGGCUAAAAAACAUAGAGAGGCACUUUUAGCGCAAAAUUCUUCCCUGGAAUUUAAAUUACAUAGGUUACAUUUCAUAAGACUAGUUCAACAAGGUCCUAGUAAGCAAACCGAAGCGAUAAUGUACGCUCGACAGAAUCUUACGCAAUACGUAGGGCGUCAUGGAAAAGAGGUGCAAGCUUUAAUGGGCACAUUACUUUAUUUGCCAAACGGAAUACAAUCCUCCCCUUACAGUCACUUGUUAGAUCCUACUCUGUGGCUAGAUAUUCACGAUGUAUUCACAAGGGAGGCGUGUACGUUAUUGGGCUUGAGCGUGGAUAGUCCUCUUUCAGUGUGCAUUAACGCGGGGUGUACUGCGUUGCCCACGCUGUUAAAUAUUAAACAAGUUAUGCAACAAAGACAAGUAACAGGUGUUUGGAAUGGAAAAGACGAGUUACCAAUCGAAAUAGAUCUAGGCAAACAAAGUCGUUACCAUUCUGUUUUCGCGUGUCCGAUUCUAAGACAACAGAGCACAGAGAACAAUCCUCCGAUGAAAUUAGUCUGCGGUCACGUUAUCUCGAGAGAUGCGUUAAACAAGCUCACCAGUGCAAACAAACACCGAUUCUUUUUCAGAUUGAAAUGCCCGUACUGUCCAGUGGAACAGAACCCAGAGGAUGCUAGACUUAUACAUUUCUAGACUACUGUGAUAACGACGGAUACGAAUGAGAUGCUUUUAGAUUUCUCAGAAACAUCACGCUUAAAAUCGAUUAAAUACAUACAUCGGAGCAUCUUAUUCUGUGAAUGUUCAUGGUAACUGUAACCUUUUAUUUUUGUUAUUAGACUGAUUUCUGAUUGUAUCGUUGAUAAGUAAAAAAAAAUAUGUAUGCCGGGGCAAAUCUUUCCGUCGAGAAGCGUGUUACUUUUUGGCGUUGAUAGCAACGAUAGUUAUUUUAUUUUAAUUAGUAUUUCAGUGUCUUUUCGUGAACAAGCAAUUCAGCGUAAAUUACAUAAGAAUUGAAAUAUGUUAAUUGAGUUGUGAUUGAGAAUGAAAUAUAUAUAUAUAUAUAUUUA